AUGAGGUGUAAGAAGCAUCCGGCCGAUCAAAGCUGCAGCGUCGGCAUCUGCGCCUCCUGUCUCCGGGAACGCCUCGUCGCCGUCAUCUCCGCGCAAUCGCAGGCGCAGGCGCUCAAACAUGCGCUACAUGAUAGCUGCAAGUUCAAUUCACAGCUGCCGCAGCCUUCGUUGUUUCAUCAAUCCGUUUCACCCUACGUUUCGAGGCGGAAAUCGCACACCGGCGCAUCCGCGACGUGUCGCCCCCACGGCGGGCAUCAGCUCUUCUUCAGCACUCCACGAUUGAGGCCUCGCCGCUCAAUUGCGAUGGAGAUUGAGAAAAAUUCCAGGAGUAGGUUUUCUUCUCUGUUUUGGGGGAUUUUCAGAUCGAAGCCGGGGAGGAAAUCGGAUUCGGGCGCCGAUCCGGUUUCCGAUCCUACGGUUUUGAUCGAUUCCUGCUCCGCUUCUCCGGUGUGGCUCCCUAGCAUCAUCCGCGGCAGCCGGAAAAAGAAGGUCUCCACGUUCUCAAUCGACGAAACCGCGUUCGGAAUCGGACUGAAUCGCGGGAGGGGGAUGUCGCCGGCGAGGAGCGCCGAUCACGGCGACGAACAUUGUCACGGCGGAAAGGGAGGUUACUCGUCGGACUCACAAGGCUGGUGGCAGACGCCGACACCGGCGCGGCGAAGCGGAGGCAGAGCGGCGUCGCACGGCAAAAGCCUAUCGAGUCUCACGUUGUGUCUGAGCCCGCUGAUGCGGCCCAGCCCGAACCGCCACUGGAAUCAGAAGGUAGCGCCUCCUGAGACGGCGAUUGCCGCCGACCCAAGGACGACGCCGAAGGCUCACCUCUCCACGGCGGCGUCGUUUUGCAGAAACCGCUCCCGGAAACUCGCUGAUUUCGGGAGAUACCAAUACGAUCAAACCUGUUGA